AUGUCCGGCAGGAAUGAAAAAACUCCUUCACAUUUCGAAGAGGAGGAAGAAUCUAACUGUGCCACGUGUACUAGACCGGAUUCUGAAGAGGACAUGGUUCAAUGUGAUGCCUGUGAUGCUUGGCAUCAUUAUACAUGCGCUGGAGUGGAUUCGACCGUGACCAGUUUACCGUGGAUAUGUAGCAAAUGUAUGGAUGAUAAGGAUGAUGAUGCCGCCUCGGUCCAUAGUCACACCAGUUCGAUUCUUUCCGUGAGCCUAAGUCAAAUGAUGGAUAAACAGCAACUCGAACGAGAAAGGGCGGAUUUGGAACUACAACGUCGACACUUGGGGGAACAACAAAAGCUGUUGCUGAGCGUCGCUGCAGGAAACACGUCGAGUCACAUUUUACCUCGGGGAAUGCCUAAUCGAACCGGUACUACCAUUCCUGGAAUAGAAUUUCCCAGCAUCGAUCCAAAAGAAACAUACAUCGAACCAGCUACGGUACACCCUGCGAUUUCGCCGUAUGCAGGUAUUAUUGAUCAAGCAACGAAUCAUCGAACUUCAUCACAACCGGAAAUGGCCACAUCCUUCGUAGACCUCUCAAAAUCACCUCAACUCACGGCGCCCGCAGCGGUUUGGAGCCAACAACCACCUACAUCACGUAGCGUAAACAACCACCACGUAGCUUUACAUGCUUUGAAGGCCAGUGUGGAGAGAUGUGAGGCUAGCGACAAAUUAUCUCCGGGCCAGCUACUCGAGCUCCAACGCCAACUCGACCAUUGCCGUCAACUGCUAUCCGUAACCAAUCCGGUUGUAGGUGAUGAACAGUCGGAUGCACGAAAGCAAACUGGUACGAUCCCGAAGACGUCUCGGAUUCUACCCACAGUAUCGGAAGAAUAUCGUUUUCCUGAGCCAAGCAACACACCACACGAACGCGAGGAUUAUUCUGGGCCAGUUAAGCAGUCGGUAAGCCAGAAUGUAUUACCACUGGUGAGUAAUACAACAACUAAGGAGCCCUCAGAAUUAACAAACCACUCCACGACCAUUUCAUCCCGAAAGCAGCUGCGAAAUUACGCGCGCUCGGAGAAUAUUCCUCAUUACCGUGAUCAGUUGCAAGACAUGAACGCACACACGACCUAUAUGAAUAAUUUGACUUCUCUUUCAAACCAAGUCAAUCUCGAUUAUGUACAACAGCCGCGAUUUUCCACCGCGCGUUUGUAUGAUCCCCAAGAACAAUCUCAUAACCCUCGUCAAUCAAAUCACUCAGUGAAUCCCUCCCAAGUUCUCCAACAACCAACACAACAACAAAUAGUAGCGCGACAGUCCCUGGGAAGAGACCUUCCCCGCUUUUCCGGUGAUCCAACAGAAUGGCCCAUCUUCAUCUCCAACUACGAAUUCACGACGGAUGCUUGCGGUUUCUCCAACGCAGAAAAUAUGUUGCGGCUACAGCGGUGUUUAUCGGGUGCAGCGCUCGAGUCAGUACGCAGUCAGCUGAUACUACCAGCAGGAGUACCGCAGGUUAUAGAAAGGUUACGAAGACGGUAUGGACGCCCGGAACUACUUAUCAACGGGCUAUUGAAGAAGGUACGUGAAAUCCCAGCAUUAAAGAAUGAGCGAUUGGAAGGCAUAAUUAAGUUCGGGGACGCAGUGCUUACACUGUGCGCCCACAUCGAGGCAGCGAAUGAGCACACUCAUCUCUUCAACCCAUCUUUACUGCAACAAUUAGUUUUGAAACUUCCUGAUAACUACCAGAUGAUGUGGGCUAGAUAUAGACGGGGACUCAGCAACGUGAAUCUUCAAACUUUUAACGAAUUCAUGGACAUAAUCGUAGAGGAUGCAUCAAGCAUCGUAGAUUUGGAACCGGAUUCAUCGACGCGUGCUAACGGACGAGAGCGGGCAAAAUCUAAAGCCUUUAUCAACGCACACGCCGAAGAAAGGUUUGAUGCGCAAGCAUCGAAGGCACCGAAGGAAUCGAUCAGACAAUAUGUUUGUGGACACUGCGAUCAGCUUGGACAUAGGAUUGUCGAAUGUAGAGCUUUCAAAGCGUUGAGUGUCGACGAUAGAUGGCGUAGUAUAAGAGACAAAGAACUGUGUCAAAAUUGUUUGUACAAUCACGGACGUCGAUCGUGUCGAUUACGCCAAAGCUGUGAUAUCGAGAAUUGCCAAUACCGCCACCAUCGUUUACUUCACCCUACGAAGUGUCAGUCUACUCAAGUUGAUGUUGCCGAAAAUCACUUUCAUCGAGAUUUUACCAUGUCAUCAUUGUUUAGAAUCAUACCCGUUAAAUUGUUUGGAAAUCUCGGCUGCAUUGAAACUUUCGCUUUCCUGGACGAAGGAUCUGAUCUCACAUUAGUGGAAGAAGAACUCGCGAACGAAUUAGGAGUCAAGGGCGACUUCCAACCUCUCUGCCUUAAAUGGACGGGCAAUACCCCCCGCGUUGAGGCAAACUCUCAGCGAAUUUCCCUGCACAUAUCGGGAGCAAAUCAAGACAGGCGAUAUCCAUUAGAGAACGCUCGCACUGUAAACUGUUUGAACCUUCCUUGCCAAUCCUUCCAGUUGAAAGAUGUGUCUGAAAAGUAUACCUACCUGAAAGGCGUUCCGAUUUCUAGCUAUACCAAUGCCGAGCCGCGGAUUCUUAUUGGUAUUGACAAUUUAAGAUUGGCACUUCCGCUCAAGGUAAAGGAGGGCGACAGCAACGGGCCAGUGGCGGUAAAGACCAGAUUAGGUUGGUGUGUCUAUGGGCCCCGUCUGAGCCCCAAUGAAGAAGCGCACAGCUAUCAUAUUAAUAAAUGUACUUGUGAAACGGAUCUGGGAGAAACAGUCCAAAGGUUUUUUACGUUGGAAGCGUCUGGAACGUCAACCGUACCCGUUCCCAUAUCAGCGGACGAGCAACGGGCCCUAACCUUACUUGAAUCUACAACUAAGCGAAUUGGUAACUACUUUGAAACAGGCCUGCUGUUUAAAGAUGAUUACGUGGAGUUUCCUAAUAGCUACCCAAUGGCCGAAAACAGAUUAGCUUGCCUCGAGAGGCGUAUGCAACGCGAUCCUGGACUUAGAGGAAAUCUACAUCAACAAAUUCGAGAAUACGAACGCAAAGGCUACGCACACAUUGCUACAAAGACUGAACUCGAAGCAGCUGACCCCAGGAAGACGUGGUAUCUACCAAUCGGGGUAGUGAUUAACCCUAAGAAACCCGGAAAGAUCCGGAUGAUAUGGGAUGCCGCCGCAAAAACAGAUGGUAUCUCGUUGAAUAGCGUUCUUCUAAAGGGUCCCGAUCAGCUGGUAUCCCUGCCCGGCGUCUUAUUUCGUUUUCGUCAAUAUAUGGUGGCAGUUACGUCCGACAUUCAGGAGAUGUUCCACCAAAUUCGCAUCAGACAGGAAGACAAACAUUCGCAGAGAUUUUUGUGGCGCGCAAAUCCUUCAGACAAGCCCAGUAUAUACUUGAUGGACGUUGCUACGUUUGGUAGCACCUGCUCACCUGCCUCAGCGCAGUUUGUCAAAAACAGAAAUGCGGAAAUACAUGCUCAGUUAUACCCAGAACCGGCUCAAGCGAUUAUUCGUGACCAUUACGUAGACGAUUAUUUGGCCAGUUUUGAAUCGGAAGAGGAGGCAUUGCGAGUUGCGCGAGAUGUCCGAACAGUUCAUUGUAAUGGAGGUUUCAAGUUACACAACUGGCGAUCGAAUGGAGUGGCAGUGUUACGUGGCUUAGGAGAAGAGGAGACGGAAUCAGCAAAACGUCUUGACCUAUCGGAAGCAGGGCAAACGGAGCGAGUACUUGGCAUGUUGUGGAAUCCUUCGGAUGACCUGCUGUGUUUUUCGACUCAAAUGAGCGACGAGAUGCAGAAACUAAUCAUUACGGCUACACGACCAACAAAAAGACAAGUUCUCCGUUGUGUAAUGACUUUAUUUGAUCCCAUGGGUUUAUUGUCCCCAUUCAUUAUCCACGGCAAAGUACUCAUACAAGAGUUAUGGCGAGAAGGUACAGGUUGGGACGAGCAAAUAGGCGAAGACGUUCAUAAAAGAUGGCAAAAGUGGAUCAAGAUGUUGGAGUUUAUAUCAAAGAUUAGGAUUCCCCGAUGCUAUUUUCACCUGGCGUCACGAGAGACCUAUACCAACACGCAGAUGCACGUAUUCGUUGACGCUAGUGAAAUAGCCUAUUCAUGUGCGGUAUAUUUGAGCACAAAAGGCGAAGAAGGACCUUCAAAAUGUUGCCUUGUUGCGGCGAAAUCCAAGGUGGCUCCAUUGAAACCCUGGUCUAUUCCUAGACUGGAACUGCAAGGAUGCGUUUUGGGAGUUCGUUGGGCGAAAUUUGUACGAGAAAAUCACGACGUUCCAAUUGUGAAGACGGUUUUUUGGACAGACUCCAGAACAGCGCUGGCUUGGAUCAAAGCAGAUCCCCGAAACUACCGACAGUUUGUUGCAUUUAGAGUGAGUGAGAUCCUAGAACAUACUACGGCCAGCGACUGGCGCUGGGUCCCAUCAAAAUCCAAUCCAGCAGACGAAGCUACGAAAUGGGGAAGUGGCCCAUACUUCAAUCCAGAGAGCAUAUGGUUUAACGGCCCAGAAUUCCUUUUGUAUCCUGAAUCACAAUGGCCGCAACCGACCGAAUCCGUCACUUCUACGUCAGAAGAAAUCCGAAAUUCCAGUCUUCACCACCGUGUUGUAGAACCCGUUUUAGGCUUCAACCGCUUCGCUUCAUGGGGUCGCCUAAAUAGGGUAACUGCAUAUGUACGGAGAUACCUGCAAAACUUUUUCAAAGGAUCGAACCUCACUGGACCGUUACAACAACAAGAACUACAACUGGCUGCAGAAGCUAUUUUUAAAAUUGUUCAAAAGGAUUCGUUCCCGGACGAAAUAAUCGCGCUUGAAAAUAAGGAAAACAACAAACAUGGUCAAAGAGCUAUUGAGAAACGCAGUUCCAUUUACAAACUGAUGCCAUUCCUAGAUGAAAGAGGAUUGUUAAGAGAACGAGGUCGCAUCGACGCAGUUAGAAAUGUUCCGUACGACACCCGACACCCAAUUAUCCUUCCAAAAAACCAUCCUGUUACUGAUUUGAUAAUUCUAGACUGUCAUAAACUUUAUAGACACAGAAACAAUGAAACUGUAGUUAACGAAUUACGCCAACUUUACAGUAUUCCAACACUACGUGCCUUGGUAAAGAAGGCCGCUAGAAACUGCCAGAUUUGUAGAAUCCGCUUGGCGCGUCCGAGAAUCCCAGUGAUGGCACCGUUACCCCCAGCACGUCUUGCACACCACGAGCGAGCUUUCACAUACACGGGGUUAGACUAUUUUGGACCGCUUUUGGUGAAACUCGGAAGAGCCAGAGUCAAAAGGUGGAUUGCUUUAUUUACGUGCUUGACCGUUCGCGCAGUUCACCUCGAAGUCGCCUACACACUAUCUACAGAAUCCUGCAUCUCAUGCGUUCGACGCUUCGUGGGUCGACGUGGAUCUCCGGUGGAAUUCUUUACCGAUAAUGGAACUAAUUUCCAAGGAGCUGAUCGUGUUUUACGUGGGCAAAUAAGCCAGGGACUGUCAGCUACAUUCACCAAUGCGAACACAAAAUGGAACUUUAAUCCACCAGGAGCACCGCAUAUGGGUGGCGCCUGGGAGCGCUUGGUACAAUCCGUAAAAGCUGCUAUGGCAGAUGCUUAUGUCGAGGGGAAACUUGAUGACGAGGGGUUACAGACGUUGGUCGUGGAGUCAGAAAGUAUGAUAAACAAAAGGCCUCUGACCUAUUUACCUCUUGAAUCUGAAGAAUCCGAGGCGCUGACGCCAAACCACUUUCUUCUUCUGAAUUCCAAUGGGACCAAAUCACCUAGAGAAAGUGUUCACAAUUGGUCUACCGAAAAACAAGAAUCAUAUCGUAAACUGCUUGGGAAUUCGUGGCUUGUAAUUCAAGCUAAACUCAACGUGUUUUGGCAACGGUGGUUGGUUGAGUAUCUACCAAUUAUAAGGCGACAAUCGAAGUGGUUCGAUGAGGCCAAGCCUCUCGAAGAAGGAGACUUAGUAAUGGUUGCCGACGCAGCAAAGAUCGGAAACUGGGAGCGAGGUCGGAUCAUUGAAGUACUGCGGCAUCCCGACGGACGGUCGAGGAGAGCUGUGGUCCAAAUCGGAAAAAAUAAGUUCAUACGUCCUGUAUCCCGGAUGGCCCUGCUUGAUGUGGUGAAACGUGAAGCUCCGGAUGAAUCCAGACUACACCAGGGGGAGGUUGUUAUUUCUAGCAAGCUGGCACCCCGGUCAGAAACUGAUGACAUGUGUCAGAAUAUCUAA